UACAUAAGCUGCUGAACAAAAAUAUCCAAAAACUUUCAUAUUUCAUGCAAAAUUAACGCCAGCGAAUGUAUUCCGGCGAUAAGUGGUAUUUCAAAUUAUAUAUUUUCCGGCCUUAAUGUUGUGUAAAGCAAAACGUAUUUUGGAUAUUUGUAUUCGGCAUUGCAAGUAGAAUUGCGCUGACUGCAACAUUUUCAUAUCGUUGAUACGUAAUAUGGGAAAUAUGGCAACUUGUUUGUACUCGUACGAAAAUGCCGUCGAGAAAUAAUGGACACGCUAUGGCCACCGUUACUGCUCAUGCUGGGGACAAUUGCUACCGUAACAUCUUCUCCGUACUACACAGUUAUAGGACCAAAAGUUGUCCGGCCAAACUCGGAAUAUCACGUGUCUAUUGGGACAACAGAGAUAUCUCAGCCAUCCACUAUUUACAUAGAGUUAAGCGGAAAUUUGGACUCUGGAAAUGUAUUCAAUGUCUCCCAGACCAUUACGGUGGAACCUUAUUCAACUCGUAUUGUCAGGCUUGAGGUUGGAGACACGACGCCUGGAAAUUACAAGCUGGUAUCGCGAGGACUCGCUGGAAUUAUAUUUUCCAACUCUACUGAUCUUCGAUACAUCCACAAAAGCUAUUCUGUUUUUGUGCAGACCGAUCGAGCGGUCUAUAAACCUGGUAGCAAAGUCUUGUUUCGCGCUGUAAUACUAGACUCAAGGCUCCGCCCUCCACUGAGCAGCGCUCAAUUAGAUAUAUACAUAACGGAUGGGCAGGGCAACCGAAUCAAACAGUGGAAGCGACGCACGGAUAGUAAAGGUGUCUUUGUCGGAGAAUUGCAGCUCUCUGAAUCACCAGUACUAGGAAAUUGGAAGAUCUUUAUCAACAUAUUGGACCAAACUUUUGAAAAGCAAUUUGAGGUUGCCGAAUAUGUUCUGCCUAAAUUCGAGGUGGUCAUCGAUGUACCGAAACAUGCCACCUUCAAAGACUCCUCUGUAACCGCGACCGUGCGUGCUAGGUACACCUACGGCAAACCAGUAAAAGGGGAAGCGACCAUCACAGCAUACCCAGAUAUAUUUUCUGAUGUGAUCCAGCCGAUAUUUCAAGCGCCAGUCCGGAAAGUAGUGCCUAUAGAUGGAAAUGUUACAGUCAAUUUCGACAUUGGCAAUGAGCUAAGGCUCACGGACGAUUACAAACGACCUAUACAAUUGGAAGUAGCUGUCAAGGAGGCAUUGACUGGCCGCAUACAAAACACCUCCGCGCAGAUGAUAUUGCAUAAGCAUCAAUAUACAAUGGAACUCAUACAAACAGCAAAAAGUUAUAAGCCAGGCUUGAAAUACACUGCGUUUAUAAAAAUCGCUCAUCAUGACGGAGCACCUGUCCAGGACCAGAUAAAUCCAGUACAAAUAUGGUACGGCUUCAGCCAUGAUCAAUCUGCCUACACCAACAUUACUCGCAUGCUGGACAAACAUGGAAUGAUACAAUUAGAUUUUUACCCACCCCUCGCGGAAAAUGAUACCUCAGCCGCGUUGAAUAUUCAGGCACAAUACUUGACUCUGCAUGAGUCGUUUUCUACAAUAAAUCAAGCUCUGUCGCCGAGCGGAACUUACAUACAGGCACUUUUGAAGACCGAAAAACCCAUGGUAAACAGUAACAUCGAAAUCGAAGUAAAUUCCACAGCACCCCUCAAAUAUCUGAGCUACCAAGUAUUGGGACGAGGCGACAUUCUCAAUGCAGCUUCUGUCAAAGUCCCAGAGGAAUACACUGUCAAAUUUAGAUUCCUUGCCACAUACGUGAUGGCACCAACAGCACAUAUAUUGGUCUACUACAUGCGCGAUGAUGGAGAAAUAGUUGCUGAUUCUCUUAAUGUCGAUCUAGAUGGCGCACUUCAAAAUUUUGUUGACAUCAAAACUAUGCUCAACGAAACAACACCUGGAGCUAAUGUAGAUCUUGUUAUCUCAUCAAAGCCAAAUUCUUAUAUUGCACUUCUCGGCGUUGAUCAAAGCUCAAUUCUAUUGAAGUCUGGCAACGAUAUAUCACAUGACCAAAUAUUGAACGAACUGAAGUCAUACGAUAUGAACAACGAGUUUUCAUCUGUUUUUCCGGCAUGGGGUAGUUCUUCUUGGAGCCCUGGAUCAUCUACUGCAUUCGACGUCUUCAAUGAAUCUGGCGCGGUUGUCUUGACCAAUGGCUACGUCCACGAUAUGUCCCCACUUAGCCAGCCAGGAAUUGUUGGUGGUAGAAUAGAUGGCUUCCACCCUGGUGUCUCCACGCUCAGGCCAGACAUCGGCCCACCGGUAACAUACAGAAUAGCAACCAGACCACCAUUGGCGGGUCCCUACGCCUUCUCUCGUAUUCCAACCCCGGUAUGGAACAAGCCCCAUGUUUUCCCAAUGCAUGACAUCUCAAACACCUGGCUUUUCGCGAAUUUCUCUUCAGGGCCCGAAGGAAAAACUGUUCUUCGGCGGUCCGUUCCUGACACCAUCACCUCCUGGGUGCUUACUGCAUUUUCCAUUGACUCCGUUCACGGGUUGGGACUCAUUGAUACUCCAAGAAAGCUGAAAGUCUUCCAACCGUUUUUCGUAUCUCUUGAUCUACCGUACUCUGUGAUACGAGGAGAGAUUGUUGCUAUACCCAUUGUAGUUUUCAAUUACCUGGACAAGGAUCUCACAGCGGAGGUCGUACUGGAAAACAUGAACCAGUUUGAAUUUGCUGAAAUAUCAAACGAGAUCCAUGACACACCGAAGCUGGAACUAUAUCGCAGAAAGACGAUCGAUAUCAAGGCUAACUCGCAAGCAUCUGUUUCCUUCAUGAUUAUUCCUAGGGACUUGGGCCAUAUUGUCAUUAAGGCCACUGCACGCAGUACCUUGGCUGGAGAUGGCAUCGAGCAGAAACUACUUGUCAAGUCUGAAGGAGAAACUCAGUAUCGGAACAAGGCUAUAUUUGUUGAUCUGCGAAACGCAAAAACAUUUGAAACCAACUUGACGGUAGAUAUACCAAGAAAUGCUGUAGUGGGCUCUGAGCAUGUGGAAAUUUCUGCCGUCGGGGAUAUUCUCGGACCCAGUAUACCGAAUCUGGCGAAUUUAAUCAAAAUGCCAUUUGGAUGUGGAGAACAGAACAUGCUCAACUUUGUCCCCAAUAUAGUGGUGAUUAACUAUCUGAAGAACACCGAUCAACUCACGCAAGCAGUUAAAGCAAAAGCACUCAAAUAUAUGGAAAUUGGUUACCAGCAAGAGUUGACUUAUCGUCACGAGGACGGGUCUUUUAGCGCAUUUGGAACCUCGGAUCACAGUGGCAGCACAUGGCUGACCGCAUUUGUGGCAAAGUCAUUUGCCCAGGCUGCAGAACACAUUAUGAUAGAAGAUCGAAUUAUAAAGGAAGCUCUUCAGUGGCUCACCACCAACCAAUCACCAAACGGCAGCUUUCCUGAGGUAGGAAAAGUGAGUCAUCGCGACAUGCAAGGCGGCGCAGCUAAAGGCUUGGCUUUGACUGCAUUCACUUUGGUAGCCUUCCUUGAAAAUCGGGAUUAUUUUGAGGAAUACAGCAAUGUCGUAAACAAGGGAGUCGAUUAUAUUGUGCGGAAUCUCGAAGGGCUCGAUGAUGUAUAUUCACUUUGUCUCUGCACCUACGUUUUAAACUUAGCCAAGAAUCCUUACGAAGACACAGCAUUUAAUCGAUUGGAAUCAAAAGCCAAACAAAGCGGGGAUUACAUGUGGUGGAGUAAACCAAUUCCAGAGGACAACAAGAAUCCUUGGUAUUCGUUACCAAGUUCCGUAGAUGUUGAGAUGACUUCAUAUGCAUUGCUUACGUACCUCAGACGAAACAUGGUCGCCGAUUCACUACCCAUAAUGAAGUGGCUCGUGAGUCAGAGAAACGCAGAUGGAGGAUUCGCCUCAACACAGGACACGGUAAUCGGAAUUUAUGCGCUAUCUAAGUUGAGUGAAAAAAUAUCAUCCAAGAACAGCAACAUUGCCAUAUCGUUUGUCUACGAAGACGGAGGUCAAAGCAAUAUCAAUAUCAACCCAGGCAAUAAUAUGAUUCUUCAGAAGCAUAUGUUGCCAAGAAAAACUAGAGAGGUGAACCUGACGGCUACCGGCACUGGAUUUGCAAUAAUUCAAGUAUCGUACAGCUACAAUCUGAAUGUGACCGGUGCAUGGCCCCUAUUCACCCUCGACCCUCAAGUGGAUAAAAAUUCAAAUGCUAAUCACUUGCAGCUUUCAAUUUGCUCUGGAUUCGUCCCUACAAAAGAAGCAAACGAAAGCAACAUGGCUGUAAUGGAAGUAAGUCUACCGUCAGGAUUCACUGUCGACAUUGACUCCCUCCCGAGCUUGGAAAUAUCGCAGCAUGUUAAACGAGUCGAGACCAAAAAUGGAGAAACUAUGGUAGUCUUGUAUUUUGACAAGAUGAUAAGAGAGGAGUAUUGCCCGACAGUGUCCGCGUUCAGGACUCACAAGGUUGCCAAACAGAAGCCUGUUCCAGUCUCAAUUUAUGACUACUACGACUCAAGUCGACGCGCGAGAGUGUUUUAUGAACCGCAGAAGGCUACGCUGUGCGAUAUCUGCGAUGGCGAAGAUUGCGGUAAUGUUUGUGUAGGGGUCUUGGACAAUCAGAAAAACGAAAACGACGGUUCGAGGGGGAGUGCGUGCACCAUGUACCACCUCUCGUCGCCUGCUCUACUGUUUGUCAUUAUGUUUGCAAAGUCAUCCUUCUACUUCUGAUUAUUUAUCAAGUUGUCCGUACGUACGGUAUACAAUUCCAUUAUAAUUGUACCUAAUACUUUUCAAGAUUAAAUUAUAGCAAUUACGAUUAAAAAUAACCAAAGUAAGUAAUAUACUAUAAUACCAUGCAAUUCGA